GUCCCAUUAAACGGAGUUAACAUAAUAAUUAUGAGCGAUGGCAUCGCGCGGUUUUCAUGGCGCUGUGUGGUGGUGUUCACGGCGUGAGUCUGGCCUCGGGUAUGCGCCUGUACAGCAGGGGGAGGGGUUGUUCGUCAAAGUAACUGAGCAUGCGCAAGCUCUCAUUUUGUGCGCGUGGCUCUCCCGCCAGCAACUGAGCAGCUUUCUU